AUGAGUCAAUUGAAUAAUAAAAUUUUAAAGGUUAAAAUCGAGGGUGUUAAAAGUGGCGAUCUGGAUUUAUUUAAAAGUUUAUUAAUACCAUUUGAUGCUACAUUCGAAGAGUGCAAUCCAGAAGAGGAAUCGAUUAUAGUUCAAUUUAAAAAGGCCAUUGAAAAACAACAUUUAGAUGUUUUAGGAAACUACAAUAUUAAACCAAUAACAUUUGAGAGCAAUGAAGAUAAUAAUCAGCAACUAAGAAAAAGAAAAUCGAAUCUAAUAUGCGACAGAAUAAUUGUUGAUGAUCAUGAUAUUAUUAAAUUUUUUAUGAAAACUACGAUUAUUAUUCCAGUUAUAUUUGUGCUGUUGAGUUUGUUAGUAUUAUUUUCCAUUUUUUAA